AUGUCUUUGAAUGCAUAGUUUCCUAAGCAAGUGCCAUUUCUUCCUGGACACGUAUUUUCAGACCCUUACAAAGAGAGUCAUCACAAAACCUAAUAAUUUUCGAAUAUCAAUGGAACUGUGCAAGAAAAAACAAACUUCAUUCAUGAAGAGUUUGAUCCAAAUUUAUUGGACUCAAUGAAAAUGGGAACACCUCCGAAUCUCACUUACGGCAGUAGAUAACCACCUGAAAAUGACUAUAUCCCACGAAUUCAACCACCUUGGUUGAAAUAUGAUCGAGCUGUUUUACGAUUUUAUUCAUACUUCCAAGAAUCAGUAGUUGAAAAUCCCAACGAAAACUAUAGAAUUAGACAAGUCAUCAUCUAUUAUUACCUUUCUGAUGGAACAAUCCAUGUUACCGAACCUCGAGUAUAAAAUUCAGGCAUCCCUCAAGGACUCUUCAUCAAGAGAUAGAAGAUACCAAAGAAACUAGGGAAAUAAGACUUUUAUACAUGGGACGAUCUCCAAUUAUGCUCGAACAUCAAUUUCUAUGAUAGAGUGUAUCGAAUUUGUGACUGUGACACAUACACUCGAGAGUUCUAUGAGUAUAUGGGCAAGCCCUUGUCUUUGCCUGAGCAAUUGCCAAGAGAUAAUUUUAAAGCCCAAAAGGAAACAAAAGACUUGAAAAUCAAUCCCCCAGACACCAAAGAGUAUAAAGAGUACUUCGAAGUUAAAUUGGGAGGAGGACAUCCCAAUGGAGGAUUGAAUAAAUACCUCAGCAAUGACAGAAAGGUGUUGUCUUUUGAUAUUAUUUGGGAUGAUGCUUCCAUUGAAGGCUAAUUAAAUUAUUACACACUCAAUUAUUACUUGGCAGAUGACACAUGUGAAGUUAAGGAAGUUAGAAAGCAGAAUUCAGGAAAAGACCCAUAUCCCCUUAUGUUGAGAAGGUAAAAGAUCCCAAAAUAACCAAUCCUAACUCAUUAUCCAGGAAUGACACUCAAAAAGGAGGAAUUUUAUAGUCCCCAAGAUCUUAUUUGUGGAAACUAAGUCAGGAUCUAUGGAAGAGAUUGCUUUAUCUAUGGCUGUGAUGAUUUCACUAAAGAAUAUUACCUAACAGUCUUGGGAAUCUAAUAAAAACCAGCCACCUUGAAACAAGAAAGAGGCAAGAAGUUCUAUCAGCCAGUGCCUCCUUAUAAUGGAUAUGGAUAUGAGGAGGAUUCUUUGGGUUCAGUUUAUUCCUUGUAGCCCAAACCUCCUAAGAAGGAUGUGAGGAAGAAUUUUACCUAGGAUUAAUUUAUUUUAAGAUUUGAAUCAAGAUUAAUUAGUGAAGUGAGAGAAGAGAAUUCCAGAAGAUUUAUCAUUUCCUUCUAUUGUGGAGAUGAUACUGUAUAGGUAUAUCAAACUUCAGAAAGAAAUAGUGGAAUUUGGGGAGGCAAGUUCUAAGAACGAUCUAGGUAGAAAAACCCAUUGACUAAUGAUUAUUACACUGAGAAAGAUUUCCAAUUGGGAGCUAUUGUGCAAUUCAAUGUUUAUAAGUUUUAAUUGAUGAGGGCUGAUGAGUUUACUGUAAAUUACAUGAAACAGAAGUCUGAUGUCUUCAAAGAGGCAGAUAUUAAACAAAUAAUUGCCAAGUUGAGGUUGUUUGCAGACAAUUAUCCUAAUUUUGACUCUUUCCUAUUGGAUCUAAUGAAGAAAUUAGAUAAGCAAUUGAAGGGUCAGAUUGAGUUUGAGGAACUUGCUGCUGGUUUGCAAGAGCUAGGGUUCAAUUUAACAUUACAAGAGCAAUAUUAUUUGAUGAGGGAAUUCGAUGUCAGUGGAGAAUGGAAAUUGAACAUGCAGGCAUUUUGGGAAGGAAUCGGAGGCAAAAGAUCUUGA